AUGAUCAAAAUAUUAUAAUAUACUCUAAAUUAUAAUAAUUUUUUUUUUAAAUUUUGCUAAUAUACUACUUAAAAAGAACAUUAUAAAUUUUAAGCUGACACAAAUAGACUUUUAGAAAUUUUUAAAUAAAAUGUAUAUACAGAUAAAGAUAUUUUCAUUAAAGAACUAUUGUAAAAUGCAACAGAAGCAAUCGAAAAAUACACCAAAUAUUAUCCAGAAUGUAAAAUAGAAGAAUAAAAAAUAAACAUAUCUAUAAAUCCUUCUAGUAAGUAAAUCAUAAUCUAAGAUACAGGAAUUGGUUUUACAAGAAAUUAAUUGCAAAAUUUUUUAGGAUAUAUAUGUAAAAUGGAUGAAAAAUAAGAAAAUAGCAAAAAAUCAACAGGAUUAGGAUUUUUUUCAUCUUUUGUAGCGGCAUAUAGAGUUGAAGUAAUAAGUAAAAAAGAUGGUGAAGAAUUUUCACACGGAUGGAAAAGUAAUGGAGAAGGCGAAUUCGAAUUAUAUACAAUUAAGGACAUUAGAUAAAAAAGAGGAACAAAAAUUAUUUUAAAUAUAAAAAAUGAAUUCCAAGAAUAUUUAAAAAGCGAAUAUUUAUAAAAUGUAGUUAUAAAAUAUUCUAAUUUAUUGAAUUAUCCUAUAUUUAUAAAUGGAAACUCAUUGGAAUUAUAAAAUAAUAUUUUUAUGAAAGAUUUUAAAGAAAUAAAUGAUUUUUAAUACUUAAAAACUUUCCAAUAUUUAACUGGUUUAAAAUUAUCUUAUUAACAUAAAAUUUUAUACGAAAAUAAAUAAUUAAAAUUUGCAUUUUUUAUUCCUUCUACACAUUCAGAAUUCCAAGAAUUCUAUAAAGAAUAAGCAAAAGUAAUAUUAUAUAAUAACAGAGCACUUAUUACUGAAAAUAUGAUAGAUUUCUUACCUAAUUAUAUGAGGUUUAUAAAAGGUUUAGUUGAUAUUUAUCCUGUUGAAGUAAAUGUUUCGAGAAAUAAUUUCCUUUCACAUACUUAAAAGUAUGUUUAAGAAGCUUAAUAAAUAGUUAAAGAGAAAAUUAUAUAAGGGCUUUUGGAAUAUUCAGAAAAAGAAAGUGAUAAAUAUUUGACAUGGUAUAAAUAAUUUUAGCAUUUUUUGAAAGAAGGUAUUUUAAUAUAUUAAUUUAUUUUUAUAAAAAUAAAAAAAGGAUUAAUUUAUGAUUAAUAAAAUCAAGAAAAAAUAGCUGAUUUAUUAAGAUUUGAUGUAAAUUAUAAAGAAAAAAUGAUUUCGAUAAAAAAUUAUUUAGAAAAAUCUUAAAAAAAUUUAAUUUAUUAUGGAAUAUUUUAAGAUUAUAAUGAUGCAAUAUAAUCUAUAUUUGUACAAGAGUUAGAAGAAAAAGGUAUUCCUAUAAUAUUUUUAUAUGACAAUCAAGAACAAUCAAUAUUAUAAUAACUUUCUUUAAUAAAGAAAUUAAAUGCAGUCAACAUAAUAACAGAGUUCGAUAAAGUUUUGAUUUUAGAAAGCUUUGAUGAUAUUAAUUCAUUAUAAAAUUUAAUUCCUUAAGGAGAUGUUGAUAAAUUUUUAAAAUGGAUUAAAAUAUAGCUUUAACCAACAAUUAGAAAAGUUGAAGAAUAUACUUUAUUUGAAGAUUAACCUGCUAUUAUGAUAAAAAAAAAAGUAAAUAAUUUAUAUGAUAUAAUUUUCAUUUUUUUUAACUAUUUUAGUAAGUAUGUACUUUAAGAGUUAAUUUGA